AUGGGUCUCGUGGAGCGUCGCCCGUCCGGGGAGCAGGGUGUGGACACUACCAAUGCCGAUCGGACCUUGGAAGACAUGGGUUACAAGCCUGAGUUGGCUCGCAAUCGCUCUAUCUGGCAAGUGACCUUUAUGUGCUUCAUUCUCUCAUCCGUUCCGUACGGUUUGUCUACGACCCUUUACUACCCUCUGGCCGCCGGUGGUCCGGCAAAUGUGAUCUGGGGUUGGGUGAUCAUCUCGUUCCUGAUCCUCUGCGUCGCCAUCUCCCUGGCCGAGAUUACCUCGGUGUAUCCAACGGCCGGUGGUGUCUAUUACCAGACCUUUGUCUUGUCCCCGCUAUGGUGUCGUCGGGUCGCAUCCUGGAUCUGUGGCUGGUCAUAUGUGGCAGGCAAUAUCACCAUUACCCUCGCUGUGAAUUUUGGCACUGCCUUGCUUUUCGUGGCCUGCUUGGAUGUCUUUGAGAAGUCCCCGGGAGUGGGCAUCACCGAUGACUUCCAGACCUACCAGACCUUCCUGAUUUUCCUGGCCAUCACCUUGUUGACCCACGCCAUCUCGGCGUUUGGCAACAAAUGGCUGCCGUGGUUGGAGACAUUUGCCAUCUUCUGGACCUUGGCAGGUCUGGUUGCCAUCAUUGUCUGCCUUCUGGCUAUUGCGAAGCAAGGUCGUCACUCCGGCGCCUGGGUGUUUGGUCACUUUGAGACUCAAGCUGGGUGGCCUGCUGGAUGGUCCUUUUUCAUUGGUCUUUUGCAGGCGGCGUACGCCACCUCUGCGACAGGCAUGAUCAUCUCUCUAUGCGAAGAAGUGCGUGAACCAGCCAUCAUGGUUCCCAAAGCUAUGGUCGGAACUAUCGUGAUCAACUUUGUUGCCGGACUUCUCUUCUUGAUCCCCGUGUGCUUUGUACUCCCUGAUUUGACGUACUUGGUCAACCUAGCUUCUGGUCAGCCUACGCCGGCGAUUUUCAAGGCCGCCAUUGGAAACUCUGCCGGUGCUUUCUGUCUACUUAUCCCUCUGCUCGUGUUGGGAUUGAUUUGCGGUGUGGGUUGUGUUACUGCCACCUCGCGCUGUACAUGGGCCUUUGCUCGUGACGGUGGAAUCCCCGGUUCGGCGUGGUGGAGUACGGUCAACUCGAAGCUGAACAUUCCUUUUAAUGCUUUGGUGUUGGGUAUGGUGGUGGAGAUUGUGCUUGGAGUGAUUUACUUCGGCUCUACCGCUGCGUACAAUGCUUUCUCGGGUGUCGGUGUCAUUUUCCUGACCAUGAGCUAUGCUUGCCCGAUUGCUGUCUCCUUGAUCUUCCGUCGCCGCGAGGAUAUCAAGAAAGGAAGCUUCAACUUCGGAGUGGUCGGCUUGCUGGCUAACAUCAUUGCUCUUGCCUGGAGUAUCCUUGCUAUUCCCCUCUUCUGUAUGCCCACUCUGAUGGUGGUGACCAAGGAGAGUAUGAACUAUGCUUCGGUAGUUUUUGUCGGAUUUGUGGCCAUUGCUGCUGUCUGGUAUGGAGUCUGGGGCUACCACAACUACCGCGGCCCACCAACCGAUGCAGUGGAGCACGAUGGAGCCUCAUCGCGACCCACCUCACCUCUAACUUAUGCCGAGGUUCCUAAGGUCGAAAAGGUUCGAGAUACUUGA